AGCAAUUGCUGCAUUUCCAUGUGUUUUCACACAUGUUGGAUCGCUGGAGACCUCCAGGUAACAGCAGAUGGUCAGAGCAGAGGGUUCUCCUACAAGUUCUUUCACAUCUGAAGAGAGAGGCAGAAAGACAGAGAGGCAGAAAGACAGAGAGGCAGAAAGACAGAGAGGCAGAGAGGCAAAAAGACAGAGAGGCAGAGAGGCAGAAAGACAGAGAGGCAGAAAGACAGAAAGACAGAGAGGCAGAAAGGCAGAGAGGCAGAAAGACAGAGAGGCAGAGAGGCAGAGAGGCAGACAGACAAAGAGGUAGAAAGACACAGAGGCUGACAGGCAGAGAGGCAGAGAGGCAGAAAGACAGAGAGGCAGAAAGACAGAGAGACAGAGAGGCAGACAGGCAGAAGGACAGAGAGGCAGAAAGACAGAGAGGCAGAGAGGCAGAAAGACAGAGAGACAGAGAGGCAGAGAGGCAGAAAGACAGAGAGGCAGAAAGACAGAGAGGCAGAGAGGCAGAAAGACAGAGAGGCAGAGAGGCAGACAGACAGAGAGGCAGAAAGACAGAGAGGCAGAGAGGCAAAAGAGACAGAGAGGCAAAAAGACAGAGAGGCAGAAAGACAGAGAGGCAGAGAGGCAGAAAGACAGAGAGGCAGAAAGACAGAGAGGCAGAAAGACAGAGAGGCAGAGAGGCAGAAAGACAGAGAGGCAGAGAGGCAGAGAGGCAGACAGACAGAGAGGCAGAAAGACAGAGAGGCAGAAAGACAGAGAGGCAGACAGGCAGAGAGGCAGAGAGGCAGAAAGACAGAGAGGCAGAAAGACAGAGAGACAGAGAGGCAGACAGGCAGAAGGACAGAGAGGCAGAAAGACAGACAGGCAGAAAGACAGAGAGGCAGAAAGACAGAGAGACAGAGAGGCAGAAAGACAGAGAGACAGAGAGGCAGAAAGACAGAGAGGCAGAAAGACAGAAAGACAGAGAGGCAGACAGGCAGAAAGACAGAGAGGCAGAAAGACAGAGAGGCAGAGAGGCAGAAAGACAGAGAGACAGAGAGGCAGAGAGGCAGAAAGACAGAGAGGCAGAGAGGCAGAAAGACAGAGAGGCAGAGAGGCAGAAAGACAGAGAGGCAGAGAGGCAGAAAGACAGAGAGGCAGAAAGACAGAGAGGCAGAAAGACAGAGAGACAGAAAGACAGAGAGGCAGAAAGACAGAGAGGCAGAAAGACAGAGAGGCAGAAAGACAGAGAGACAGAGAGACAGAGAGGCAGACAGGCAGAAAGACAGAGAGGCAGAAAGACAGAGAGACAGAGAGGCAGAAAGACAGAGAGGCAGAAAGACAGAGAGGCAGAAAGACAGAGAGGCAGAGAGGCAGAAAGACAGAGAGGCAGAGAGACAGAGAGGCAGAAAGACAGAGAGGCAGAGAGACAGAGAGGCAGAAAGACAGAGAGGCAGAAAGACAGAGAGGCAGAGAGGCAGAGAGGCAGAAAGGCAGAAAGACAGAGAGGCAGAAAGACAGAGAGACAGAAAGGCAGAGAGGCAGAAAGACAGAGAGACAGAAAGACAGAGAGACAGAAAGACAGAGAGACAGAAAGACAGAGAGGCAGAAAGACAGAGAGACAGAAAGACAGAGAGGCAGAGAGGCAGAAAGACAGAGAGGCAGAAAGACAGAGAGGCAGAGAGGCAGAAAGACAGAGAGGCAGAAAGACAGAGAGGCAGAAAGACAGAGAGGCAGAAAGACAGAGAGGCAGAGAGGCAGAAAGACAGAGAGGCAGAAAGACAGAGAGGCAGAAAGACAGAGAGGCAGAAAGACAGAGAGGCAGAAAGACAGAGAGACAGAAAGACAGAGAGGCAGAAAGACAGAGAGACAGAAAGACAGAAAGACAGAGAGGCAGAAAGACAGAGAGGCAGAGAGGCAGAAAGACAGAGAGGCAGAAAGACAGAGAGGCAGAAAGACAGAGAGGCAGAGAGGCAGAAAGACAGAGAGGCAGAAAGACAGAGAGGCAGAGAGGCAGAAAGACAGAGAGGCAGAAAGACAGAGAGGCAGAAAGACAGAGAGGCAGAAAGACAGAGAGGCAGAAAGACAGAAAGACAGAGAGGCAGAGAGACAGAGAGGCAGAGAGACAGAGAGGCAGAGAGACAGAGAGGCAGAAAGACAGAGAGGCAGAAAGACAGAGAGGCAGAAAGACAGAGAGGCAGAAAGACAGAGAGGCAGAAAGACAGAGGCAGAGAGGCAGAAAGACAGAGAGGCAGAAAGACAGAGAGGCAGAAAGACAGAGAGGCAGAAAGACAGAGAGGCAGAAAGACAGAGAGGCAGAAAGACAGAGAGGCAGAAAGACAGAGAGGCAGAAAGACAGAGAGGCAGAAAGACAGAGAGGCAGAAAGACAGAGAGGCAGAAAGACAGAGAGGCAGAAAGACAGAGAGGCAGAAAGACAGAGAGGCAGAAAGACAGAGAGGCAGAAAGACAGAGAGGCAGAGAGGCAGAAAGACAGAGAGGCAGAAAGACAGAGAGGCAGAAAGACAGAGAGGCAGAAAGACAGAGAGGCAGAAAGACAGAGAGGCAGAAAGACAGAGAGGCAGAAAGACAGAGAGGCAGAAAGACAGAGAGGCAGAAAGACAGAAAGACAGAGAGGCAGAGAGGCAGAAAGACAGAGAGGCAGAAAGACAGAGAGGCAGAAAGACAGAGAGGCAGAAAGACAGAGAGGCAGAAAGACAGAGAGGCAGAAAGACAGAGAGGCAGAAAGACAGAGAGGCAGAGAGGCAGAAAGACAGAGAGGCAGAAAGAAAGAAAGAAAGAAAGAAAGAAAGAAAGAAAGAAAGAAAGAAAAGACUAGGUUUAUUCUGCUCUAUUCCGUUGUCCUCCAGAGUUGCUGAAUGCUUCUCAUAAAUUCUCACAUAAAUCAGGUUUGUUCCUCUGUUCAUGCACUUUGGCUGGACUAAGAAGAGACCACAGUUUUACUCUCCCUUUAGGUGCAUUACCACAACUGGCCAACUUUGCAAAGCGAAACAUUUCAAACAUUUUAGAUUAGAUGAGUUUAUUAGUCACAUGAUAAAAUUGCAGGGUUCAGUGAAAUGCUUAAAAGCUCCAACAGGUCAAAAAGAGAAGUGAAAAAAGCAAUAAUAUAAACACCAGUAAUAAUAUAUACAUAUUUACAAUAAUAAAAACACCAGUAAUAAUAUAGACAUAUUUACAAUAAUAAAAACACCAGUAAUAAUAUAUACAUAUUUACAAUAAUAAAAACACCAGUAAUAAUAUAUAGAUAUUUACAAUAAUAAAAACACCAGUAAUAAUAUAGACAUAUUUACAAUAAUACAAACACCAGUAAUAAUAUAGACAUAUUUACAAUAAUAAAAACACCAGUAAUAAUAUAGACAUAUUUACAAUAAUAAAAACAACAGUAAUAAUAUAGACAUAUUUACAAUAAUAAAAACAACAGUAAUAAUAUAGACAUAUUUACAAUAAUAAAAACACCAGUAAUAAUAUAGACAUAUUUACAAUAAUAAAAACAACAGUAAUAAUAUAGACAUAUUUACAAUAAUAAAAACAACAGUAAUAAUAUAGACAUAUUUACAAUAAUAAAAACAACAGUAAUAAUAUA